AUGUCCGCGCUGGUCGAAACCCAGCGCGCGGCGGGCGACGACGCCGUCGCCGCCAGUGUUGGUAACCUUAACCUUGAGGACAACAAUUUUCCCGACGCGCCGCUGUCCCCCGCCACGGACUACGAUGAUGAGAAUGAAGAGCCCCUGAGCCCCUGCGGCUCCGACAACGGUUUAUUGGCGUCCUCGGAGGGCGAGAUAAGAAUCGGUCCGAGUAUCACCCGCCCGACGGCGGUAGAACCGACCUCCACGCCGCCGCCGCCUCCCGUGUUGACCGACCUCGACGCGCCGACGUGUGUCAUCUGUUUGGAAGCUCUAGACGAUUCUUCGGACAAUCCAGGCGUCGCGGUGCCCUGCGCGUGCCAAAGGAACUUGGACCAACCGACGAGAGUUCAUGAAUCUUGCUUGCGGACCUGGGUCGGGGCCUGCGCUCAAAGGGCGGCUCGGAGAGGUUCUGACGAUCAACCGGCGAACGCCUUUGCCGCAAGGCGGGCCGCUGCGAGAAGAGCCCGGUCGCUCGAAAAUCAAGCUGAUGUUCAACAGAACAACGUCACGGCGGAGCCGUCGAGCCCGCCGAGUCCGCCGUCUUCUACCACCUGUCCUUUGUGUCGCGCGCCGCUCAGCGAAGCGUCCGUGUUAGGACUACUCCUGCCGGUGCGAGCGAGAACAGCUCUAGAGACGGAUCCUGCACUCUUCUGCGCCACACCAUUGGCGGAAGAUGCUCCUCCAUUAAGAUGUGUCGUCAGUGUUCUAGACCGGAAGAGCGGCCGCGCGCGAGGUGCUCCGUUGCUAGCUCUGCGCGUCCAGGGCCACGGUGGGAGGGACGCUUUACUCGUCGCGCGAGCCUCGUCGCGAGCGUCUUCGGGCCGCAUGGCCUCGAAGUACGAGGUGUUACAAGGCGACACGGUGCUAGCCACAUUAACGAGGAACGUCCUGGGCACGCGCUGGACGGUCAAGAGCGGAGAUAUUCGUACUCAUGUGGACUACGCCGUCAAUCGAUUGGCCAACCGACCUAGAGCGAUGCGCGUCAGACGCAAUUCAAUAAAUCUGCGGAGCCGGGCGCCGGAGUACAACCCGCGCCUGCAGGGCUUCUGCCUCGAUUUCUUCGGAAGGGCUCGAUUAGCAAGUGUGCGCAACUUCCAACUGGUCGACGCGGACGAGCCCACUGUUCCCAACGACCCGCACGCCGAGCAGAAGUGCAAGCUGCUCUUUGGCCGGUGGUCGGCGGACAGCUUCCACUUGGACGUGAAGCACCCGUUUAGUCCGGCCGAGGCCUUCGCGGUGGCCGUCAGCUCGUUCGCGACGAAGCUGGCUACUAUCUAG